GCUGGCGUUUGAGGGAAACGGUCGAGGGGCGGAGGAGGAAAUGAAAGAGAGGGCGCGUGUGUCAGUACAAACUGAACACGGGCACGCGCUCUGACCAGCCUGGCAGCCGCCCGCGGAGCGGAAGGCGGGCUGUCUGGGGGCGGGGCCAAGGCUCAGGCGGGCUCACAGGGGGUGGGUUCCCUGGGCCGCAAAGACCCGGUCGCCAGAGUGAAGCCAAGCCAACUAGCGCUGCGAAGCCCAGGCCGCGCGGACUCCCCAGAGACGUGCCACUGCCUGCGCCUUUGCCGCUGCAGCCAUCCCUCUUACCCCUUGCCUUUCUUCCCCGUCGUCUCCUCUGUCGCCGUGCCGCAGCCGCACCAGCAUCGACAACAGCUAAGUGGCCGAUUCGGGGACUUGGGGUCGGGGUUGGGGCGGGCGCAAGGCACGAACUGCACUCGCGAGCCCGCCAUCUCUAGCGUCGGCCGCCACUGCUGCAGUAACCCUUCUAGGGCGAGAGAGGAAAGCACUGUGGAGAGGCACACGCUGUCCCAGUGCUCACGGUUAGAGUUCCAGCGUUUCCGCCAAAACCUUGGUGAGAGCCUUGCACUUGGAGAAGGGAGAACAGACCAGGUCUUUGAGAUCGCAAAAAAUAAAUAAAUAAAUAAAUAAAUAAAUAAAUAAAUAAAUAAUAAAAAUAUCAUAUUGCAUAGUGUUAACUUUUUGUCAGUUUAAUCGACCAGGGCAGCAGCUUUCCCCAAGCCCUCUUAAUCCUUGAGCUAUGUCUCCUCCGACCGUGCCUCCGAUGGGGGUAGAUGGCGUGUCCGCAUACCUGAUGAAGAAAAGGCACACCCACAGGAAGCAACGGCGCAAGCCCACUUUCCUCACUCGUAGGAACAUCGUGGGCUGCCGCAUUCAACACGGCUGGAAGGAAGGCAACGAGCCCGUGGAGCAGUGGAAGGGUACUGUGCUCGAGCAGGUUUCCGUGAAGCCCACACUUUACAUCAUUAAAUAUGAUGGCAAAGAUAGUGUGUAUGGACUAGAACUGCACCGCGAUAAGAGAGUUUUAGCGCUAGAGAUCCUUCCUGAGAGAGUGCCAACUCCUCGUAUCGAUUCACGACUGGCAGAUUCCCUGAUUGGCAAGGCAGUGGGGCAUGUGUUUGAAGGUGAGCAUGGUACCAAGGAUGAAUGGAAAGGUAUGGUCCUGGCGCGAGCUCCUGUGAUGGAUACUUGGUUUUACAUCACCUACGAGAAAGAUCCUGUUCUCUAUAUGUACACGCUGCUUGAUGACUACAAAGAUGGUGACUUACGCAUUAUUCCAGAUUCCAACUACUAUUUCCCUACAGCAGAACGGGAGCCUGGAGAGGUGGUCGACAGUCUCGUGGGCAAGCAGGUGGAGCAUGCCAAAGAUGACGGGUCCAAGAGAACUGGCAUUUUUAUACAUCAAGUGGUGGCGAAGCCAUCUGUCUACUUCAUUAAGUUUGAUGAUGAUAUUCACAUUUAUGUCUAUGGUUUGGUGAAAACUCCUUAAAUUGUUUGUGCUCUUUACAGAAAUUGUGGAACUGUUAGAUGUAAAUUAUUUUGUGUUCUCGUAGUUGUGAACGCAGAGAACAGUUUAGGUGUCAGAAAUUCGGGAAAGUGGAUAAAUUUUAUUGUGCCUCCAAAUCUUACCUUGACUAGUUUCACAAUUUUGCCUCAAGUGUACUUUGCUACUUUUGAUAUUGCGUUGUUCUGUAACUUAACAGUUAAAUUGGGUGCUAAUAGAAAAUUAAAAAGUGUUUGCAACCUUUGGAACAAUGCAAAAAGAGAUUAAGAAAAAUUAAUGGUGUAAACCCACACCCUGUCGUCCUUACCCCUUCCUUUCCUUACCUCGUUCCUUCUCAGAAAACAAGUGUUGAGGAUGCGAAGUACAUCCUUCCACCUCUUUUCCCUAUCUUCAUACAGAAAGUAUGUUCUAAUAGUUUCUGUAAAAAUGGCAAGCCACAUGCUUUUCUCACUUCACAUGUAGAUGAUACCUCCUUAUCAGUAGCUUCAGUCUUUCUUGCUCUCUGGCUCUCUCUGGCCCUCACUCUUACUCUCUUGCACUCUCACUCUCCCCCUCCCUCCCUUCCUCUAACAGCUGAAUACACAGUACUUGUUGAUGUACCAAAAAAGCAUUCAGUCAUUUCGUUAUUUAUCGUCUUUUAUUUCCUUUUUAUUUUUUCAAAAUAACGCUGCUGUAAUACAUAAUACUGGUGCUUUUAUGUCUAUAGGUUGGAGUCCCAGAAAUACUAUGUAGAGAUAUGUUUCAGAAAUAUUACAAGAUUACUAUCCAAAAUGAAAGCGCCCAUUUCAGCAUCCUCUUCAGCACUCUUUAAUGCUUGAAAAUAUGAAAGGCUAAAAAUUGCAUUGUAUUGCUUGUGACUUUAAUUGCCUUUUAUCUGAGUUCAAAGAGAUUUGUUGUUGCUGUCCUUGUUUCUGUUUGGAUUUUUCUCUGAUUUGCCUGUUCUUACCCUUUGUUCAUGUAUCUAUUGAUGUUUUUCAUUAUAAAUUUGUAGAAAUUCUUACUACAUAGUGCAUAUUAAUCAUUUGUAGCUCUAAUGUGUUAUGAUUUUUUCAUCUUGACUUUAUUGAUGAUGUAUUUUCCUUUAAAAUUUUUAAACAUUUUAGGUAGACCACUAUCUCUUUUGUAGAUUUUGGUUUUCUUUUUUUACCACAUGGAUCCCCCCACCCAAAGUCAUACAAAUAUUCAUCUACAUUUUCUUCUAAUAACUUUAUUAUUUUUAAUGUUUAAAUGUUUGAUCCAUCUGAAAUCUAUUUUUGUAUAUGGUGUAAGAUGGGGAUCCAGCUAUAACAUUUUCUCACAUUGGAUACCUGAUUGUGACAUUUAUUUAAAAUAUUACCCAUUUUCAAAUUUCUGAGCCAAUAUCAUGAUUUAAUUAUAGUGGCUUCAUCAUAAGUUUUAGAAUCCGAUAAAGCAAGUCCCAUGUCAGUAGUUUUUUUUCUUUAUACAAUCUGUCCUAGACAUUCAUUCUUUCAUGUGAAAAAAUGAAAUGCAGAAUUUUAAUAAAACUCUAAUUAUGAUGGCUGACAUCACAAUUAUAUUAAAAUCCUGCAUUUUUGUUUAGAGGGCUCUCUAAUAAUAUUAAAUCUUAGCACUCAAGAGUCUUCAUACAUCAUUGAAAUCUUUUGGUCUUGUUAUUGGAAUAUUCUUUACAUAAGUAUAUCAUAGCUAAUUGAAUUUAUUUCUAAGUAUUUUUACAGUUUUAUUUCAUAUUUUGACAUUGUGAAUUGGUUUUUUUCUUCUCAUUUGUAAUUUUCUGUUUUUGACAAUAUAGACAACCUAUAGAUUUUUGUAUUUUUAUCUUCUGUCUAAUGAGCUUAUUUAAUCAUUGAAAUUACAGUAGAUUUUUAAGAAUAUAAUGUUUUGGGUUUUCUAGAUAUGAAAUUAUUUCACCUGAAAAUAUAGAUCAUUUUAUUUCCUCUUAAUGUUUACUUUAAGAGAUUACUGUUACAUUAGCUCGAUUUUUCAAAACAAUGUUGAAUAGUGAUGAUGGCAGACAUGACUGUCUUGUUCUUAAUUUUCAUGCAAGUAAGAAUGCAAAAUAUUAAUAGGGUAUAGUAUUCCCUAUUAGUGUGACAUUUGCUUUUGGUUAUUAGUAGAUAGUCAUUAACAUGUUUAAGAGUUUCUGCUAUUCCUGUUUUAUAGUGUUAUUGCUAGAAGUGGUUCCUGAAUUUUAUAAAAUGUCUUUUCAGCAUCUGUUGAUAAAAUUGUGUGAUUUUUUUUUCUCUUUAAUUUGUUGAUGUGAUGAAUUAGAAUGGUAGGUAUUUGAUGUGGAACCAAACUUGCAUUUCUGGAACAAAUCCUUCUUGGUCAUGGUUAAAUAAUGAUUUGCUACAUUACUGGGUUUUAUUUACCAGUACUUAAUUUAGAAUUAUUACAUUUUCAUUCCAAAGUAAAAUUGUAUUUUGUCCUUCUGAUGCUAUGUUUAUCAAGUUUUGUUAUUGAAGUUGUGCUAGCUUUAAAAAAUAUGAAUAUGUGAGUUUUCAAUUUUUUUUCUUGUGGUCUGAAAUAAUUUAAAUAGCAUUAGAAUUAUUUGUUCGUUAAAAGUUAACUAGGACAAAGUGUAAAACAGUCUAAUCCUGAUGACACUUUUGAUGGUAGAUUUUUAAAUCAGCUUUGUGAUUUCUUUGAUAGUUAUUGGUUUAUUCAGGCUUUUUAUUAAAAAGGUAUACACAUUCUCUGUGACAUACAAAGUUAAAAGUUGUCUCUAUUAUUGCUGAUUGUACUGGUUGUUGCUUGUUGACUGUACUAUUCGGAUGCUUUAUGAUUUUGUAUAUUUUAUGUCACCUAGAUCUAAUUCUGAAAACAUUGUAAUAAAAUAAUCAGCUAUAAUGGUA